CUCCUUGUUGCAAAUUAUGGGUGGAUCUAGUAGUGGGAGUGAAUCUGAUGAGGAAAGUGUAAACGAUGGCAUACAGGAAGGAUUAUUAUAUGAAAGACAGACGAACACCAAGCAGCAGGAGCACUUUCCCGCCAGCGGGGCGAAGAACUUUCUCAUCGACGACGACGCAAGCUCGGAUUCGUCGAGCAGCGAAAACGACGAGCCCGCGACGCGCGACGACAAAAACUCGCCGUCGAAGCCGGCGCUGCCGAGCUUCGUCGAGGUCAUGACCUCGCCGCAGUCGCUGUCGCGCGGCGCGUCCGUGUGGAGCAACCCGUAUCGGGACGCGGAACACGCGAAGCACGCGAUACUGGAGCGACACGUGAAGCUGAGCGAGGCGGAGGCGAGAAGCGGCGGCGCGGCAGCGAAGCGCGCCUGCUACAAGUUCCUGAAGGGAAAGUGCCGCUUCGGCAAGAGCUGCAAGUUCCUCCACGACAGGGAUACGCCGGCGGGCAGAGGUGGCGAGCCUCGCGCGGCGCAUGGCGCCGCAGGCCAGACGAGUGGCACGCCGCAGGGAGUCGGCCGGGGUCACGGCGAUUCUGCCCGCCAGCAUCCUUAUCAGUGCGAUGCAGGAAGUGACAGUACUGAUAGCGAUGUGCAGAGGAAGCGCAGAGUAGGACUAGCGCAGUCGCUUAUUCCGCCCAAGAGGGCCAUGCAUGCAUACAGAAAGCAGCAGUUGCAAGACGAACCUUGGAUGUCUCAUUAGGCACAUAUAGUAGUACCCAGGGUUAUGUGCGACAGGCGUAGAUGUAAUAUCCGUCGUCAUGAUCCGCUAAGCAUUCGCUCAGUACAUAAUUUGAUGAUACAAUUUGUGAGUUUCUGGUCUGUUAUAGACUGUGUAUGUGGCCCAUGUCGACUAACCUAAACCUUAUUUAGGUACCUAAAUAAGAUGAUUAAGGUUACCUUAUUUAGGCUCUUUGCCCUAUAUGCAGAACACACGUCAUCCCAUGACAGGGCAAUUGUCGGCAGAUUUCUCUUACACGUUUACUGAUGAUAAGUAUAUAUAUGCAACUCCAAACUUAUUAUUUUUCCAUAUAUAUAAUAUAGCAAAUGUACAGGUGUAUGCAUUCGUAAUGAGCAUGUUUUUCACUCUUUAUUAUUUAAAUAUACAUAACUAGAAGUUUUGUAAAUAAUUUUUAGGUUAGUGAUGUAAACUAUAUUUACACGAGUUUAGCUGUUGAAAAUUUUUAUUUAAUUAAUACCACGAAUAAGAUUAUUUAUGAACUGCAUCCGAAA